AGCCCACUGCCCGCCAUUUCCUGAUGUGGAUGGAACUUCCUCUAUUGCAGGGAAUCCAACUAGCCCUCACGUGAUACGCUACCAGUCAGUCUUGCAACAGCAUUCGGUGAGUGCCCAAGUUCCUUGUCUUCCAAACAAACUGGAGCUAGCGCAGUCAGCUGUUUAUCACUGGUGAUAGCAUGCGAGCGGAUGUUACCUGUUGCACUGAAAAAGUCCAGUGAGCCAUGGAAGUUAAUCCUCUACGAUUCUUUGCGCCUUUAGUGAUUGAGGCCAGUGAAUCAACUCGUAUGGUCCAGUCAGUUACAUUACACAAACAUGGAAAAAUGGAAGGCAUUAAGGUUGAGGACACACCAAUUGAGAAUAGUAUUCCAGACAGCCAUGUCGAAGUAGAGGUUUAUUAUUGUGGUUUGAGUUUUACGGAUAAUUACUUGCGCUUGGGAAUUAUGAGGAAUGACAUAUUCCCUGUGAUUAUGGGCAGUGAGUGCUGCGGUGUCGUAACGGGAGUGGGUAAUGGCGUAAGAGACCUCCAGGUGGGACAACGGGUCCUGUGCUUGAGAAUGCAGGGCGGUCUCUUCCGCCACAUCGUCCACGUGCCACAGGCGUCCUGCUUCGUGGUCCCGGACGCGAUGAGCCUCAGAACGGCAGUCAGCCUCGGUCUUAACUUCGUAGUGGCUCAUCUCUGUCUGUUUGAGUUUGGCUGCCCCAAGAGGACAAACACCAUUUUCAUGGAUUCCAUUGGAGGUGGCGUUGGCACCGCUGUGAUUAAACUUGCAAGAACAGUACCUGGUGUUAAAAUCUUUGGAACAGCUUCGGAGUCAAAGCACAAAAAAUUACUGUCUCUGGGUGCGGACCGUCUCUAUCGACAUGAGGAUAAGUACGUGGACGCAGUAUUGGAAGCUUAUCCUAAAGGUGUAGACCUUGUUAUUAAUAGCGGAGGAGGAAAACAUUUCGAUCAAGAUUUCAGAAUGCUUACACCUUCUGGAAGGCUGAUUACAAUAGGCACCAACAGUUCGGCUCUGUAUCCAAAAGCUGCGGCAUGGGGAUUGAUUCGGCCGACAUGGGACAGCAAGCUGGUAAGAACUGUAGAAAUGAUAAAGAAGAACCACACCAUGGUAGGUAUAAAUGUCGGCAGGUUGCUACAAACUUAUCCAAAGAAGAUACAAUUUGUACUUGACCGAAUAUUUGAGAUGCAUUCCUAUGGAAAGAUAACACCUUGCGUUCAUUCCAUUCAACCUUUUGAAAGGGUUGUUGACGGACUCGCGCAACUCAGCGAGAGAGAGAACUGCGGUAAAGUGCUCCUCGCAGUUGAUAAGAAGACCGAUGUAUGGGACGCACCAGUUCCCGCCUCAGGUGCGGCAUUCACACUCACGGGUUACCUCGGGCGUCCAGAAUGCAAAGACGAGAAGACGGGGCUAGACGAAACGUGAAGAUGGUGCCGGUGUGGCCGAACAAGCAGCAAAUCACAGAAGGGCAACGUUGUCAACCACCUGCCGAAAGUGAUCCUGGCCAUCAAUAAAUCGGACAAACUCUAAACGCUUGAAUGUAUUUCACAGCACUGCGUGUAUUAAAAUUAAACUUCCCGCGUUCCUGUAGACAGUAUAUUUGGUGAGGCUCUAACGAAGUUAUCGCUACAGUCAUUACUGUCCUGUAAGGUUUGAACACUUAUUCCAUUUUUGGUUCAUGCACGCAUUGCUAACAGCAUAAUAAAAUAUUGUUAAUGCGA